AUCAAACAAACCAACCCAACAAAGAUACAGACAAUAAACAAUACGCAAAAUUUUCAACCUUAAUUUGUCUCAACAUGACAACAACUUUUCAAUUUCCUUCUUCCAUAUUCCUGUUUGUUUCAACUUCUUUCAUCUAUCUUUCACCAUUUUCAACUCCUCUCUAACCUCUCCUUCCUCCUGCAUAAAAACUCCAUAUUUCAUCCUUUUCUCUCUUUUUUCCUCCAAAACAUCAUCUGGUUUUCUGUUUUUCGUCCCAGAAAACAUGGGUGGCUGUUGCAGCCACAAUGUUUCUGCUCAAGGAAAAGUCGAAAGCGAGGUGGAUGAUGGAGAAUAUGAUUAUGAAGAUGAGAAUAGUAAUGAUCAUGUCACGUAUCAAAAUGAUGGAUCAAUGGUUCGAUUUAGAGGAUUUUCCAGAGCUGUAUCAAUGUAUACUCAACAGGGUAAGAAAGGUAUCAACCAAGAUUCAAUGACUGUUUGGGAGGAUUAUACCGGAGAAGAAGGAAUGAUCUUAUGUGGUGUGUUUGAUGGUCAUGGUCCUCUAGGCCACAAAGUUUCGCAAUUCAUUCGCGACAAUAUUCCGUUGAAACUGUCUGCGGCAAUCAAAAUGGCACAACAGAAAGCCAACAGAUACUAUGAUGCUACCGAUGCAGAUACCGAAACUUUUGAUGAUGGCCACAAUGGUAGUAACCGCCGCAAUAACAUAUCGCUGGCUUCAUGGGAAGGAUGUUUUCUGAAAUCGUUCGAUGAAAUGGAUGAACAUCUUGCUCAGGAAGUUAACACGGAUAGCUAUUGCAGCGGUUGCACGGCUGUAACUUUAAUUAAACAGGGUGACCAAUUGAUAGUUGGGAAUUUGGGCGAUUCUCGCGCGAUUCUUUGCACAAGGGAUAGAGAUCAACUUAUACCUGUUCAACUUACCGUUGAUUUAAAACCGGAUAUUCCAAGUGAAGCGUCGAGAAUCUUUAACUGUGAAGGAAGGGUUUUCGCUGCGGAAGAAGAACCAGACGUAUACAGAAUAUGGAUGCCCGAUGAUGACUGUCCUGGACUCGCUAUGUCAAGAGCCUUCGGAGACUUUUGCUUAAAAGAUUAUGGCCUAAUUGCAGCUCCAGAUGUGUUUUACAGAAAAAUUACCAAACAAGAUGAAUUUGUUGUUUUAGCAACUGAUGGGAUAUGGGAUGUGCUGACAAACAGUGAAGUAGUAAACAUAGUUGCUUCGGCGCCAAGGAAGUCGAUAGCAGCAAAGUUGUUAGUAAAGCGCGCUGUGAGAGCAUGGAGAUACAAGUAUCCGGGAUCGAAGGUUGACGAUUGUGCAGCCAUAUGCUUGUUUCUUAAUGAUCAACCUGUUUUGUCGCAUUCUCAAUCAAGUAUGAGUAGAAAAAGCCGACAUCAUCGCAGCAAGCGGUCGAAAUCGCAGAGAAACGACGACAAUGAAACUGUGGCAGGAAAAGUUGAUGUUGAACUGGAUGAAGAAUGGAAAGCUCUCGGAGGGUUAGCUAGAGCAAACUCAAUAUCAAGACUUCCAAGGCUUGCUAGGAUUAUGAGUAAAAGACAAUCAUCUAAGCGACUUAAUGGAAGUUGAAGGCCUUGUGAUAAGCUCUAAUAAAUGAUCAUGUUUUUGGAGCUCAAAAGUUGUAUAUUUAGGUGAAAAGAAAAGGAGGUUGAAGAUUUUAAAAAUGAGUGGAAAUAAUUAAAUUUAAUGGUGAAGUAUGUCUAAAAACUCAUCUCAUUUUUCACUCAAUUUUUUAGGGGAUGCCAAAAAUUUGGUUUUACCUCAAAUGAUGUAAUGGUUUGCUUGGCCAUCAUUAACUAAUUAUUUACCUUUAUAACUGUUAUUCAUAGCAAUAUUUAUGAAUUGUGUGUUA